AUGGCUUCUGGACCUCCCGCUCUUCUCCUUUUUGGAACCUCCGACUUCUACCCCAGAUCUUGCCCACGUCUCAAUGGUGAGCUCAACACGCUGGAAGCUGUGCCAAGACUAACAUAUAUGCAGGCUAAUCUCCCUAACUUGCGUCGUCUCUUUGUUGAGGCCAGGACAGAGGCCGAGGAGAACGAGUACUCGCGUACAGCUUUCUAUAAUCUCGUUCUCUUUAUCUCUUCUGUCGCUGUCUUCAGUCUAGUGGCACAGCGCAUGAGUGGACCAAAAACCGGGCGUUGA